GGAAGGUUCCAGUCGUUUCCCUUUAUCAGCGAGUUUUCAGUGUGUGAUCGUUGCUGUGCAGCUGCACCCACCUCCACCUCACCUCCACCUGUCCAAGCCACAGAGAAGCCAUCAGACCGUCCACUCUGCAAACCUAAGAACAAGGACAUGGACUUCUCAGAGGGUGAAAUUGCACUUGACCCAGAUUAUGCAGAUUAUUAUAAUGAUAACCUGGAAGAACCUUGUUCUUACCAGAACAACCACAGGCUGGAGCAGGUGGUCGGUCCGUACGUCCACUCAAUCAUCUGCAUCCUGGGCUUCAUUGGGAACAGCCUGGUGAUCAUCACCUAUGCCUUCUACAAAAGGACCAAGUCCAUGACUGAUGUCUACCUGCUCAACGUGGCCAUCGCAGACUUGCUGUUCGUGGUGGCGCUGCCUCUCAUCGUCUACAACGAGCUGACAUCGUGGUCGAUGGGGCCGGUGGCCUGUAAGCUGCUGCGUGGCUCCUACAGUGUGAACCUGUACAGCGGCAUGCUGCUGCUUGCCUGCAUCAGCGGCGACCGCUACAUCGCCAUCGUCCAGGCCCGUCGCAGCUUCAGACUGCGCUCACUGCCCUACAGCCGGGUCAUCUGCGCCGUCGUCUGGAUCUUUGCCAUUCUGCUGUCCGUCCCCACCUUCUACUUCUACAACUGGUACGAGCCGUCCCACAACAACCUCAUGUUGGGGACCAAUAUGACCGACAUGUUUGAUGGAGAGGGGACCAAUCUGACCAACUUCUGGGACAUCUUCAUGCUGGGUGGACAGGACGAUCAGACUUCCAGGACUCCACAGUACGUCUGUGAGUUCAGGUUCGAGAGCAACAAUACAGCCUUGAGUACCAAAGUGGCCAUCCCCAGCACCCAGCUGGCCGUGGGCUUCUUUCUGCCGCUGCUCAUCAUGAUCUCCUGCUACACCGCUGUCAUCAUCACGCUGCUUAAAGCCAGGAACUUCCAGAGGCACAAGGCGGUGCGGGUGGUGCUGGCUGUGGUGUUGGUGUUCAUCGCCUGCCACCUGCCCUACAAUAUCACACUGCUUUAUGACACCGUCAACAUGUUCCAGCAGGGGGAGUGUGAAGUGUUGGACAACCUGCAGGUAGCCAAGACGGUGACACAGACCAUCGCCUACCUGCACUGCUGCCUGAACCCGGUACUGUAUGCCUUCGUCGGGGUGAAGUUCAGGAACCACUUCAGAAGGAUCAUGCAGGACCUGUGGUGUCUGGGGAAGAGGUACAUCGCCCCACGCCGCUUCUCCAGGGUCACCUCCGAGAUCUACGUGUCCACUCGCCGCUCGGUGGAUGGAUCCAGUGAGAACGGCUCGUCUUUCACCAUGUGAAGACGUCUGCUGGGUUCAUCUGUGGAGCUGAUUGUUGUGGACCAGAAACUUCCUGUUAAAUCCAAAUAACACAGGAGCUCGAGGUCUGCAGGUCUCUGAGAGUCCAAACUGGACUCAAGUCUGUAAAACAUUUUGUGAUGUUGUGUUGUUUCAAGGUCACAAGGUAAAUUGCAGGGGUUAUAUUUGUCUCUGAUAUUCUAUUAUUUUCUUUUAAUUAUGAAGUAUUCCUGUCUCUUUGUGGUCGUUUGUAUCUCUGCAGUAUGGAGAAAGGUAAAAAGAGUUAGACAUUCAAAAUAAAUUAAACAUUUUUCCAGAAGAUAGCUGAUAAAACUGUAAAAAUAAAGAGUUUAGAGCCUUAACUUUCUGAGUCACAUGACCUCAGUUUGAAGCCUGAACAUGAAGCUGUUUUACUCUCCAGCAGCAGUUUUCUCUCUUUAAAUUUAAUCUGCUCACAGAUGAUUUUCAGGAUCAAAAACUGAAGGAGUCUGAGGAUCUGAGGAGCUUUGGAUUUCAUUUACAUAUUGAACUCUCUGUGACCUCGACUCACUUCUCAGACAUCUUCUGCUUUUUAUUUUCUUUGAGCUUUGGUUCCUGUUCACAUUACUGUAAUAUUUUGUUAUACAUGAAUUUAUUUUUAUAAGCUUGAAUGUGUCAUUUGAGUGUAAUAAAUUCUCAUCAUUGACUGUAAACAGAUUUUUAUCUUCAGGGAUCUGAGAUGUCAGAAUAAAUGUUUUGUUGUUCUAA